AAGUACAACUCGAAUGGCAAAGCCAACCAUAAAAAACCUAAACAAAUAAAUUAAAAAUUCAAUAUUUCCAUACAGCAUGAAAAUUGGAAAAAAUAGUUCAAAUAUUGUAGCGUUUUAAAAUCGUAAAAGGAUGAAACGUCCCAAAGAUAGGAAAUAUUUCUGCCGGAUCUAAUCAUUGUACGAGUACUGGUAAAGACGAUACAAAAAGGGGCAAAUUUUAAUCCUGAUCUACGCUGUAACGGGGCCCUUCUACCUCCGCUUGGAAAGCACCGACAAGUGACAAAAUACCAAAAUCACUUUUAAUCCACGGCAACUACGAGAUGGAAAUGGGGGAAAGAGUUUUAGAAGGAGGGCACACCCACUGGAAUCCUGGAAUUGGUCCUGUUUCUUCGGUUUCUGUCCCACAACAAGGUCCACAACAACAACAGUCUGACGUCGUAUGGCCACCAAUGCAAUCAACGGAAUGCCUGCUGAAUACAACGACCGGGAGUGAUGUUUCCAUGUUUGGUGGAUAUCCGUUAAUAUUAUCGUCAGAUGUGGCACAGCAUCGCUUGGCCGACUUUAGACAUCGAUUUCCGCCUUCCAUGCAUUUUGCAUCGUCUCCAUCCGUCGUGGGAGGAAUUGAUCAUCAUUCUCAUCAUGAUAACUUGUCCUCACUAAAUUUGCCUUCUCAUCCGUUGGGAGAAGUUUCAGAAGGGGAAGGAAAUUCGGUUCAGAUUCAGGAUGGGAACUCUUUGGGACUUGAAAUGGAGAGUGGUCAUCACGGUUUAGACAGUGAAGAUUGUUCCGAUGAUGAUGAAGAUGACGAAGAUGAAGAGUCUGACGACGACGGAAUGCAUAUUGAAGGAUCGGGAUAUGUCCACCAUAAUCAAUCCAUGUCGCUAAAUGUAGACCAAGAAAAUCCACUCCCAUCAUGCCAACAGCAACAGCAUGUUCGUCAACAGUUGAGAGUUAUUAAUUCGAACGGAGAUCUCAACAUGAUGGGAAGCAAUAUGGAUGAACAUCAAAAGAAUGGGAUGAUGUCUCACGUCCACGAGAUAGAGGAAGACAUACCUCCCAUCAAUCAAGGACAUCCGCUAAAUUCCAAUCCAAUCUCUGCCAUCCCUAUGAUUACUGGAAACUGUAGUUCAAUGAUGAUGUCAGAUGAGCAGGAAGUCAUUGUUGGUGGAAAUUCCACCGCACAAGCAAAUAAUGAUCCCUCCCUAUCCAUGAAUAUGGGCAUGAAUGGAGAUCCAUCCAGCUGUAGUAGUAACGGGCAAUCGGUGCACGGGAAAAUGUACGUCGAGGAGCGAGUCGUCUUCCAUUUGAAACAGUGGACAGAUUCUGGGUUUGGUCACUUUAAUUCGUGUAGAGAACAAGAGCAGCAUAAAAACCAGUAUCGUUGUUCCGUCUGCCAUAUAAGAUCUCCACACAACAACAUCCCUCAAAAGGACACUCAUCGACAUUUAGUUCGAGGAAUUUUAUUUAGUUUUGAAGAUUGCAUAAUUUUAGAACUCUACCCGGAAGAUUACACUGAUGGGCAGCAGGAACCUCGCUCCGAUCAUCCAAUGUCAAUGGAUCCUAAGCAAAUAAUUCACAUGGAAGGUACAAAAGCUGACGAGGAAUCUGUUCCCCUGUCCUACUUUAAUCCGUCUUCCUCGUCUAUUACAAAUAUUGUGCUGCCUGAACAUGAACCUCACUCUUUGGGGAAGCCUUCAGCUAUUGUUCAUGACCACAAUGCUGAUCAAGGAUGGUGGGACUACGAAACGGAGAGAGACGUCGUGGACAGGCACGAUAACAUUGCACAUCAUGUCGUCUCAUCUUCAGAAGCUUGUACGAUUAACCUCAAAAUCUCGGCUCAACAAUUUCACGAUGCACAAGUUGCUGCAACGGAACGCGACGACACGGAAAUGGACGACGUAGUACAAAUAGAGAUUCAGCAACAAGACGAUAACGAUUCCGACCUUAACAAUGAAAAUGAUCAAGAUAAGGAUUUUCAAAAUUAUGAAGAAUCCAAGUAUCAUGAUGAUUCUGUACCACCACCGCAAUAUUAUGCAAACGCAAAUACGAGCGAAACCCAACAAUUACCGACAACAAUGUCCAAUAGUAAUAACAAUGCACACCAUCAGUGCAAUUCUAAUUCUGGCGACGGUAUGCUACCUUCCAAUGAUUUAACUUCGGUUGACGAUGUUCCCAUAUCCCCGGAAAGUGUUGGUGAUAUGGAUGGUGGAGGAGAAGCAAAUUGUCGUGACACGGAAAUGCCACCUUCAUCCCUCGCUGAUGAUCUUAAUCGUGAAGAUGAUGCUUCAAAUUAUGAGCAAAAAAUGACGAAAUCACGGCUCAAGAAACCAGUCACAAAGAAAAAACAUUCGCAUAGUUCAAACAAGUAUUCUUGUCCUUGUUGCAAUACAUAUUUCAAUUUGAAACGCCUCUUGAAAGAUCAUUUAGAAGAAACUCAUCACGACGGAAAUCCGUUUCAGUGUCAAUUGUGCAAAAUGCAAUAUGCGGAUACAAAGCGUCUUCAAAGACAUUCAUGCACGUUAAGUGUGGAAUCAGUUAAACAUCGCCUAAAAAUCAAAGAAAUUAAACUGGAAAAGAGCGAAGAUAAGUCUUCAGAUUCAUUAUUCAAUCAUGGAGGAACCAAUUCUUCCACUGCAACAAACACGACGACAGAUUCAAACAUGGGUAGUGUGGAAAUGUCAUCAAUUGACGGGGAUUCGGAAAUACUAGAGCUUGUGAUGACCUCGAAAUCUUCCAAAAUUAGGAAAUUUUCAGAAAAGGCCAGUCUGAAAACGAAUAAGUCACCUCCAUUCGUUGCGGUGCACAGUAUCACAACAAAGGCAAAUACUUGUGAAGAUCUGACAAAGACAGAUAAACCUCCAGACUUAUUAGUGGGAUGCGAGGAUGAAGAAAAUGACGCCAGCAGCAGCAACAGUAACAGCAGCAAUGAGGAUCGCGGAUCUCGGCCGAAUAAUAAAUCUUCUUCUAGUAAAUUAAAUUCCACUCCUCCAAUUAAAAUUAACCAAGAUCAGAAUCUUAGCCAACAACAGUCAUCCUCCAACAAUAAGGAACGCAAAUCACUCAAGUCAAAAGAAUUCAGCUGUAAAGUUUGCGGAAAAUGUUUCUCCCAAUCCCGAAGUCUUAUAAAUCACGGUGCCUGUCACAAAAUCGAAAAGCGCUCACAGUGCGAAAAAUGUGGAAAAUCAUUCCAACGACGAGACAAACUCAUGCGACACAUGUAUGUUCACAGCGAAGAGAAAAUGUUUCCGUGUGAAAUUUGUGACAAGAAAUUUAGCCGACGAGAUAAGCUAAGCGAUCAUCUCAAGUCCCAUCAAACCGAUGAAAUUUACAACUGCGAUCAGUGCUGCAGACAAUUUCUGCGCCCUGAUAUUUUGAAACAACACGUCAAAAUGCAUCAAAUGGAGGACAAACAUCAAUGCACCGAAUGUCUGCGUUUCGUCACAGGAAAAGAAAGGCUAGACCAGCAUAUGAAACGUCACGAAGAAGCGAAGGCUCUCGGACAAACUUUACUUUGCCCACUAUGCACGAAAUACUUUAUUCAAACGCAAAGUUUGAAGGCACACAUUCGAAAAUUCCAUCGGGAUGCGUUGAGCCAACUGAACCUACACCAACUUCAUUUUGGCUGUGACGAAAAGGAAUUCGCACAAAACAAUCCUGACAAUAAUAGAAACACCGAGUCCCCAUCGGGGUCGAAUUCCAAUUCUUCUUCAAUGGACCCCAAGUCGCCACCAAUGUCAGUGCUACCAUUGAACAUACCCGAAAAAUCCACCACUCCUGUUUGUCAAGUUCUCGAAAAUGUAAUGACGUCUGCUAAAUCCAAGGUAAAGAUAAGCAGCAGCAAAUCCGCUCCAAGUAAAAGCACUCCUACUACAACUACUACUUCUACUCCAGAGAUGAAAUCCUAUGCUUGUGGGCAAUGUUCAAAGAAAUUUUCUCGAAAUCAAACAUUGAGAAGUCAUGAACUUCGUCAACAUUCAGAGCAAGGUCACAGUCAUAAUAGCACUCCAUCAAGUAGAGCGGGUGUAACAACAAAUGGAGAAAAAUCAGGAAAGAUAAUGGUAAAGGAUAAAUCAGGAAAAACUCGGCAAGCAGAUACAAUUACAAAGCCUACAUUUAUUCCAAGCAAUAAAUCCAAUAAACCGGAAAAGGCGAGGAAUAAACCUGGAAACUUGUCAACGAAUAAAAAGAGUGGUGUAAAGAAAAAGACGCCAACUUCCAAGUCCCAAUUUUCUUCAGGGCCUUCGCCCCCAUUGAUGGGAGGACCACCCACCAGUAACCACCAAACAAUGACACUUCCAUCGUGCGCUAGUCUAGCACAAGAUUUGGGAUUUAACACGACGCCAACCUUCCAACAAUCCCAAUCUCAAUUAAAUGCUUACUCUCACCACCUUGCUUUAAGCAUGCUCGGAGCUGCACAACAAUUACAAAAUCCUUGUAAUUUGCCUUUGGAUUCUGUCGUUGUGAGUGGUCAUCACCUGCAACAUCAACAAUUGGCUUCCCUACAACUUAUAAAUUCUCAUGGUCAAAUGGGACCCUCGUCGUCGUCGUCCACACUUUGUCCUCAAACUUCCUCCGCAUUUGUCAUCAAUUAUCCAACCAUUGCUACAAUGUCGUUUCAAAAUCCAUGAGUAAUUGAGUCUUUCAAUAUUUUACAAUUCCUAGUAAUCGUAUAAAUCACGUAAAUGUACUUAAAUUCGACGGUUAAUGUCAAAUAAUAAUUUGAAACUAUUCUCGGUGAGGUAAUAUUACGCAGUACAAUGCCUUUACAUUUUAUAUAUAGUGGGAUUUCUGAAUGGGAUUAUAUUAUUAGCAUGCCGUUUUGGAUGUGCACUAUAUUUACAAAUAAUUUUUAUAAUAAUAAUGUUACGAAUGCAAUGGGUUAAGAAUAGAGACUGAGCUGAUCUCUUAUUUUGUACAUUUAUGUUAGUGUGUUAAAUGUGGUGUAACUUAUAUUUUGUUAGCGAUGACGAUAAAGAAUAAUAAUAAAUUCUGUAAACUUA